CGGAGGGACUGGGGAAAGAAACUUGAAUGAGGAUAAAAGAACGUGGAUUUCAGCUCGGAACACUCCAGUAAAAAACCUCAGGUACGAGGUACCUUAGUCAAAUGUAAAUCCAUCACAAAUCAUGGUUGGAAAAGGGUUUUUUCUUGCUGGACAAAUCUACGACUCCUUCUUAGUAGUCGUGACAAUUUUGGGGGCCAUUUUGAUAUAUGCAUCCUUCUACGCAAAUAUUUCACUCAGGACAAAAACUAACGCGUUUUUCGUCAGUCUUGUUACGGCAGACUUGUUGACAGCCACGUUAGUCAUGUCUCUUGACAGCGUCCACCUUGCAAAAUUUCCAAAAUGGCCAUUUUCCCGAGUGACGUGCAACGUUUGGAACUCCUUGUUCGUGGCACUGGGAACAUCAUCGUUGGUCAAUCUGACUGUCAUGAGUAUUGACAAGGUCAACGCUAUAACCAGACCACUUUAUUACAGCACGGAAAUAUCCAAAAAGACACUGAUUGUCUUGGGAUGUACUUGGAUGUAUGCGGUUAUUAAUGGCAUUUAUUUGUACUUCCUCUGGGAGCAACCGGAUGUCCCAACACCAACGUGUAGGGAGCUUUCCGUUUCGAUGGAACAUUCGAUCCCUUUACUAAUACUCAACGUGUUCAUUCCUUUCAGUGUCUGCUUGGCAACGAAUGUCAAAAUCUUAAAGAUUUCCAGGGAACAGGCCAUUAGAGUGAACGCAGUGAUCAAUCUGUCUGAACAGCAAAGCAAACUCAAAGCAAAGAAAGGCGCUCGGACCAUCAGUCUUCUCGUGGGCGCAUUUUCAUUUUGUGUACUGCCAUUUUUUAUCUUCCAUGCUAUUGAUGCGAUAUCAAACGAAAGUCUCCCUGGAAGGCUUAGUGUAAGCCAUAUUGCCAAGUGGCUUCUUUUCUCAAACUCCGCUUUAAAUUGGGCAUUAUACGGGUUUUUAAACCGAGAAUUUCGAACGACAUUUGCCAGAAUACUUCGAAUAAUGAAGAAAAAGGUUUUGAGUGGGUUUGUAGCACGAAUACCAAUCAUCAAAAUUAGAUAAAAAUGUAAAAACAGUGACAAAUAAAAAGUAACGACAA